AAUAUAAUUCUACUCUACUUUAUAUCAUGGAACAAGUAAACGAACUUAAGACUGGACAGGUGUUUGUGAUUGGUACCGGCGACGCGGGUGAAUUAGGUCUUGGAACCAGCAUGCUCGAACGCAUGAGACCCAUGCCAGUCAAGGCACUUGAUGAUAAGUCAAUUGCAAACAUUGUAUGUGGUGGAAUGCAUACCAUGGCUCUUACCAAGGAUGGCAAGUUGUACAGCUGGGGUUGCAAUGAUGAAGGUGCACUCGGUAGAUCUGGAGAAGAGUAUGAGCCUGGACUUGUAGAAAACCUUGAGGAUGUCAAGAUUACAAAGGUUGCCUGUGGUGAUUCCAUUACAUUAGCCUUGUCCGACAAUGGUCGCCUUUAUUGCUGGGGAACUUUCCGUUGCGCUUCAGGAGCACUCGGAUUCUCUCCUACCAAAGAACGCCAGACUACACCUAUAAUUUAUCCUUACCUUGCCAACGAAAAGUUUGUUGACAUUGCUGUGGGUACCGAUCACUGCCUUGCUCUGUCUACAUCCGGUCGUGUGUAUGUAUGGGGUAAUGGCCAGCAAUACCAGCUUGGCCGUCGUAUCCUCGAACGUCGUCAACGCAACGGUUUGAUUCCCGAGACUUUGGGCUUGCGCAAGAUCCGUGCCAUUGGCUGUGGAUCUUACCACUCGUUUGCCAUUGACCACAACAACCGUCUCUUUGUCUGGGGCCUGAAUAACUAUGGCCAAUGUGGUCUCGACAGCAACGUUGAUAUCAUUACUACACCCACAGUUAUCUCAACCCUCGAGGGUAAAGGAGCCAUCAAGAGUGUUGCCGGAGGUGAGCACCACUCGCUUGUGUUGAUGGAGAGUGGCCAUGUGUAUUCUUUUGGUCGCGCAGACUCGUCCCAGUUGGGUCUUCCCAAGGACAUGGUUAAGGAGUUGUCUGGGCAGGACGGACAUGCGUCCGAGAGUUCCUUCAAGAUGGCUGUCGGAACACCUACAUUGAUCCCUGAUCUUGAGAAUGUCGAUAGCAUUGCAUGUGGUGGAAAUCAUGGUGUGGCAGCCACAAAGGAUGGCCUAGCAUUUGCUUGGGGAUAUGGCUCACAAAAUGAACUCGGUAAUGGUACUGGAUGUGAUGAGGAGACUCCUUCCAAGAUUACCGGGCAGAAGUUAGAAGGACACAAGGUUAUUCGUGUUGCAGCAGGUGGCCAUUUUACUGUCCUUUUGGCAACUUUAUAAAUAAAUAACAAAACAACAAAACAACAACAAAAACAGCAGAUAAUAAUAAUUAUAAUUAUAAUAACAAUAACAAUAAUAAUAAUACUAGUAAUAAUAUACAUCUUUAUAUGUGUAUGUGCAAGUGUAUUUAUAUAUAUAAAACACUUUACUGAUGGG